UGAACACACAAAGUUACUUUAUAUGGGGUCCUGGCAACAGAGGGCGCUGUUGAAGAUAAAACGAGGAGCGAUCGGUUUAUUUUACACACCCGGAACCGUCCGUGUUUACAUUUCAUGGAAGUACCGAGUUACUUAGACAAGACCCAUUCAUUGAGGUCACCGAAUUUAAGUCACACAUCUAUUUGUGAGAUUCACUGCCUCCGUUUUUUGUUCACGAGAAGUAGAGACUGUGGUGGUGUGGUGUGCUACUUCAGGCCUUCUACUUAUUGAGUGUUGGUAAACGUUUGAUGUACCCAACCUUAUUCAUCCGACCAAGAAAUUGCAGACAGAUGGCUCGCCACGGUCAUCAUCAUCGCCACCAUGCAGCUCACCACCAUGCAGCUCGUCACCACCAUAGAGCUCGUCACCACCAUGGAGCUCAUCAUCACAUUGCAGCCCACCACCACCAUGCAACCCAUCACCACAAUGCAGCCCAUCACCACAAUGCAGCCCAAGGUGGUGGUUUACCCAGUGUUGGGAUCCAGUUCUCGCGUGCUGGGCGGCUAUCCAUUUUUUUGUCGAUGUGCAUGGGAAUGUUCGGCGGCGGUUUUAUAUUUGUUGGGGGGGUCUUGAUGGUCACUAGGGAUAUUUUAAAAGGUAGCAUCAUGCUCAGUUUGGGAUUACUCAUGGCCAUUUUCUGUGUCAUCUUUUGCAUACGGGGUCGGAAACAACAGACGAACAUGGCAAUUGUGACCCAACCAACAACUGGGACCACAACUCUUGGAUAUAACCCGUCAGGGACACAGCCGGCUAUCGUCCAUCCGCCAGCGGUGGGGGCAACUGGCGUUUAUGGCCCCGGGGCAGUAAAUAGCUACCAGGGGCCGCCUGUUCAUCAAGGACAACCACAAGCUUACCAAGCACAACCCCAAGAGUAUCCGCAAGUUCCUCCAGUACAGUAUCCGCAAGUUCCUCCAGUACAGUAUCCGCAAGUUCCUCCUGCACAGUAUCCGCAAGUUCCCCCAGCACAGUAUCCGCAAGCUGGAGCUCCCUACCCAACUCAAGCACCAUAUCCCCCGCAACCGGACAGUCAGGAAAGUAUACCAGAAGCCCCACCCCCAUCCUAUGAGGAUGCUGUUAAGCAACAGGUAAUAACAGAAUGAAGAGGGUCACCUGCAAUUGUUUGAUACUGUCUACUGUUUGGGGGAGGGGGAUGGGUUGUCGUUAUGAGUAGUCUAUCAUACAAACUCCAGCUCUGUAAUGUACAUUAUGUGGGCUUGAAUCCUGACAUGGUCAGUGGCAACAUCUGUAUCCUUGAGCAUCAUUGCUCCACUCCACCCAGGAAUAUAAAUGCAAACUGGGUAA